UCAUGGACCUUUAAAUUUAACAACUUGAAAUUUACCUCUUAUCUAUCCUGGCAGGUAGAUUUAAUUUCUUGACAAAGUCCAUUAGAUGGAAGUUCAGUUUAGGUGAAAAAAGAUCAUUAGAGAAAUAGAAAACGACAUCGAUAAGUACUGUUGAUAUUAUAUUUGUGUAAAUACUGUGUCUGUUAUGCAAAUUUUGUGUUUCGAGUCAGUUGUAUUACACAUCCCUUUAGGAAGAAAAUGAUUGUUGUCUGAAGGACUAAAAGAAAGACUGGUUCCUAAAAUUCCUAAAUUAAUUAGCACUCUUAAAAAUUCAAUGCAUGAAAGGGACACUAUGGUGAUGGAAUUAUAUAAUAUUGCAAAGAAGAAUAUACUGUAUAGUUCAGAACAGAGGAAACUAAAGGGAUAGUAUACCUGCUGAAGAUAUGGUGAAAGAAAAUCCAGUAACUGGUGAAUCUAUAUUUGUCGAAAAGAGAAAUCACUGUGUGAUUUAUCCAGCAAGUGGCAGUAUGGUGGCAGAGUCUCUGGAAAGAAGAAACAAGAACUGGUUUGUCCAAACAAAAAUACCAAGUGAUUUGAUAGUAGAAAUUAGAGACCAAAGCUUCCACUUGCAUAAGCUUUCCGUGGUUUCAAGAAGUGGAUACCUUAACAGAUUGGUAUUCGAAAGGAAUGGGAACAACUAUACUAGAGUUCAGAUUGAUACAAUUCCUGGUGGGGCUAAAAUCUUUGAAUUAGUAGUGAAAUUUUGUUAUGGACUGAAGAUCAAAGCUACAGCUUCAAAUGUUGCCCCACUGUAUUGUGCUGCUCAUUUCUUGGAAAUGAAUGAUGAACUUCACCAAGGAAAUCUAAUUUCUAAAGCAGAGGCGUUCCUUAGCUACGUAAUCCUUUCUUCAUGGAAAGACACAUUUAGGAUCUUGAAAAGCUGUGAAUCAGUUUCGUCAUGGUCUAAAGACUUGCACAUUGUCAAACGUUGCACGGAAGCCAUUUCUUGGAAAGCUUGCUCAGAGACUGGAGUGAGUAGUAUAGGAGACAAUGAAGUGUUAGUGAAUGUUACAGCAGAUGAUACAACCAAGUUGGUGAAGUUGUGUGGCAAUUGGUUUUUCAAUGAUUUUUCAUCCCUUCGGAUAGAUCAUUUUAUCGAAGUAAUUUCAUUGAUCAAAAAGAGAAAGAUUAAGCCAGAGCUUGUGGGGUCAUGUAUAGCUCACUGGACAAAGAAGUGGAUUUCUCAAAUCACAGUUUCACAAGAGAAAUCGAAAGAUCAAGAAUUGUCCAUCCAGCUACAAAGAGUGACAACUGAAUGUUUGAUAAGGGUGCUUCCUGCUGAAGAAGACUCAGUUUCCAGCAAUUUUCUGCUUCAUCUUUACAAGAUUGGGCUAAUUAUGAAUAUCAAUCCCAAAUUAAAAGAUCAGCUCAAGACAAGAAUAGCUCUCAUGAUGGAAAAAUGCAGUGCUAAAGACCUUCUAGUCAGGAACAGUACAACUCUUUUCGACGUGGAUAUUGUUGUUCAAGUGGUAGAAGCUUAUGUUUCUCUUGCAUCAAAUAAUCCCAAGUCAAGAAUGUGUGUUGUCGGGAGGCUAGUAAACGACUACCUCGCCCUCAUAGCAAGGGAUGAGAACGUUGUAGCAAGAAGCUUUGACUCUCUUGUAAAUGCAUUGCCAAAAGAAGCAAGAUUUUGUAAUGACAACCUAUAUAGGUCGAUAGACAUGUACCUCAAGGAACAUCCUGACCUAACAGAAGAAGAAAGAGGAAGCAUAUGCAGAAAAAUGGAGUACCAUAAGUUAUCACAGGAAGCGCAAAUACAUGCCUUGAAGAAUGAUAGGCUGCCAGAUAACAUCAGGACACAAUUUAUACUUCUUGAGCAAGUCAAUAUGAUGAGGUUACUAACUUCAGAUGGUUCAAGUUACCAGAGAACUAAGUCACAGACCAUAAUGAAAGUCAGCAGCGGUUUACGCAAGAGUAGGAUGAAUUCCUCCCAGACGGAAAUGAAAGCGAUAAAACAAGAGCUUGAGAUGUUAAAGGCUCAAGUUGGUGAACUGCAACAACGUAGGAUGGAACUUCAGCAGCGAACAAAGAAAGUUGUCUUUUGUUAGUUUAUUAUGCUUCAUGUCUGUUUAGUGAAUUGAAAAUUUGGACAAUGUGGUUUCAGUUUGUUGAACUCAAGCUGGUGUGGUUGAUGAGAUUUGCCCUUAUUAGUCUGGUAGUAGGAAUAGUUAUUUAACAUUGAACUGGUACCAGAGUCUAUGUUUUUUAAAAGCAGGUUGUUUAAAUGAUAUGUCAAUGGACCUUAUAAC